UCUCUCUUCUCCUUCACUUGGCCUUUCACUUAUGCCUUAUCGGCCAUUAGAAUGUGAGCCCUCUAUUUAAUAGACACUUGUAUUAUCGUUAUCUUUUGUUCCAAGUCUUGGACUGAUAUCCUUUGGUUUGACAGUAUCACGGCUGUUGACGCCUUUCUUCCUUUUUGUUGAGAAAUGGAGAAUCCCUCGUCUGAAACCACAUCGGAGAAGGCGACCAUUAAUAAUCUAUCUGAUAUCUUUGUCAUCAUCGGCUACUUCAUUCUGGUCAUUGGAGUGGGCGUCUGGGUUAGUAGUACACCUAUCUGUAUACCUGUCUACAGGUCUGUAGCCAUAGUUUUGAAUCUACAUAGUUUUAAAUUAUACAUGUAUAAUUUAUCAUAAUGAUGUCAUUUCAAACUGGGUAUUUGUAUAGCUCAUAACACUUAUUGACAUGUACAAUACAGUAGAGUAGGCAUAUGUCAUGAGGUAAACCACUGCUUAGGGCUUACAUCCAGUAAAUGUCCUGUCUUCCAGUCUAUGUUUCGGACCAACCGUGGCACUGUGGGAGGCUACUUUUUGGCAGGACGGACCAUGACAUGGUGGCCAGUGAGUUCAACUUGAUCUUUAACCUCUUUGACAACUCUUGUAUUUUAACCCUUAUUAACCUGUAUUUUAACUAACCCUUUGGGACUGCUUCCACUAGUUUUUGCAGUCACCUUUCCUGUCUUGCCCAGUCCCAUUGUAUACAGUGGUUUGCGAAAGUAUUCACCCCUCUUGGCAUUUUUUGUUGCCUUACAACCUGGAAUUAAAAUUGUUUUUUUUUUUUGGGGGGGGUGGUUUGUAUCAUUUGAUUUACACAACAUGCCUACCACUUUGAAGAUGCAAAAUAUGUUUUAUUGUGAAACAAACAAGAAAUAAGACAAAAAAACUGAAAAAUUGAGCGCCCAUAACUAUUCACCCCCCCAAAGUCAAUAUUUUGUAGAGCCACCUUUUGCAGGAAUGACAGCUGCAAGUCUCUUGGGGUGUGUCGCCACUGGGAUUUUUGCCCAUUCUUCAAGGCAAAACUGCUCCAGCUCCUUCAAGUUGGAUGGGUUCCGCUGGUUUACAGCAAUCUUUAAGUCAUACCACAGAUUCUCAAUUUGAUUGAGGUCUGGGCUUUGACUAGGCCAUUCCAAGACAUUUAAAUGUUUCCCCUUAAACCACUCGAGUGUUGCUUUAGCAGUAUGCUUAGGGUCAUUGUCCUGCUGGAAGGUGAACCUCCGUCCCAGUCUCAAAUCUCUGGAAGACUAAAACAGAUUUCCCUCAAGAAUUUCCCUGUAUUUAGCGCCAUCCAUCAUUCCUUCAAUUCUGACCAGUUUCCCAGGACCCUGCCAGUGAAAAUUAUCCCCACAGCAUGAUGCUGCCACCAUCAUGCUUCACUGUGGGGAUGGUGUUCUCGGGGUGAUGAGAGGUGUUGGGUUUGCGCUAGACAUAGGGUUUUCCUUGAUGGCCAAAAAGCUCAAUUUCUGUCUCAUCUGACCAGAGUACCUUCUUCCAUAUGUUUGGGGAGUCUCCCACAUGCCUUUUGGCGAACACCAAACGUGUUUUCUUAUUUAAGCAAUGGCUUUUUUCUGGCCACUCUUCCGUAAAGCCCAGCUCUGUGGAGUGUAUGGCUUAAAGUGGUCCUAUGGACAGAUCCUCCAAUCUCCGCUGUGGAGCUUUGCAGCUCCUUCAGGGUUAUCUUUGGUCUCUUUGUUGCCUCUCUGAUUAAUGCCCUCCUUGCCUGGUCUGUGAGUUUUGGUGGGCGGCCCUCUCUUGGCAGGUUUGUUGUGGUGGCAUAUUCUUUCCAUUUUUUAAUAAUGGAUUUAAUGGUGCUCCGUGGGAUGUUCAAAGUUUCUGAUAUUUUUUUAUAACCCAACCCUGAUCUGUACUUCUCCACAACUUUGUCCCUGACCUGUUUGGAGAGCUCCUUGGUCUUCAUGGUGCUGCUUGCUUGGUGGUGCCCCUUGCUUAGUGGUGUUGCAGACUCUGGGGCCUUUCAGAACAGGUGUAUAUAUUGAGAUCAUGUGACACUUAAAUUGCACACAGGUGGACUUUAUUUAACUAAUUAUGUGACUUCUGAAGGUAAUUGGUUGCACCAGGUCUUAUUUAGGGGCUUCAUAACAAAGGGGGUGAAUACAUAUGCACGCACCACUUUUCCGUUAUUUAUUUUUUAGAAUUUUUUGAACCAAGUUAUUUUUUUAAUUUCACUUCACCAAUUUGGUCUAUUUUGUGUAUGUCCAUUACAUGAAAUCCAAAUAAAAAUCAAUUUAAAUUACAGGUUGUAAUGCAACAAAAUAAGAAAAACGCCAAGGGGGAUGAAUACUUUUGCAAGGCACUUUACAUUACAGCCUGUAUGUGUGUUAAAGGACAAUACCACUCCAAAAUGAUUUUUUGGUAUUUGUUUAAUUAGUACACUGUUGAUACAGUCCCAAAAUGUUUUGCAUGUCAGCAGUCAAGUUCUCAAGAUACAGGAUUUUCAAGAAGCAAAGUGUCACAUGCCACAUCAUCAUGAUUAUGUGUUUUUCCUUUAACAGUUCUCCCCCGUCUCUCUCUCUAGGUUGGAGCGUCCCUGUUUGCUAGUAAUAUUGGUAGUGGUCACUUUGUGGGCCUUGCUGGUACUGGAGCGGCCAGUGGAAUUGCUGUGGGGGGGUUUGAGUGGAAUGUAAGUAUAAUUUGCCCCCUUAAAAUAUGUUAUUACAGGGUUUCGAGUACACGUGUGACAAUACUUUGUAAUAUGUGCUGAUCAGGAAAUUGAGAUUCUUCUGACAUUGGAGCCCUCUUUCUCUACCCAGGCUUUGUUUAUCGUGCUCCUAUUGGGCUGGCUGUUUGUCCCCGUCUACCUCACAGCGGGGGUAAGUUACACAAGACCAUUAUAUGCCAGCUAACAUGGCAUACUGGGGAGAUUUGUGUCCAUUUGUCUGUAAUUUCUGCAUUUCCGUUGCUUAGGUAAUUACAAUGCCUCAGUACCUGAAGAAGAGGUUUGGGGGAACCAGGAUCAGUCUGUACCUCUCCGUCAUUUCUCUGUUUCUCUACAUCUUCACCAAGAUCUCUGUGAGUCUAGACCAGGGCUCCCCAACCCUGUUCCUGGAGAGCUACCGUCCUGUAGGUUUUUGCUCCAACCCUAAUCUAGCGCACCUGAUUCUAAUUAUUAGCUGGUUGAUAAGAUGAAUCAGGUUAGUUACAACUGGAGUUACAGCGAAAUCCCACAGGAGGGUGGCUCUCCAGGAACAGGGUUGUAGAGCCCUGGUCUAGGACAAAACUAGGGGGUAUUGUUUGUAACAUGCUAUAAACUUCCCCCACAGUCCUUUAUCAUUACAUUUUCUUCAAUAUUGAUAGUAUCUGUGGUAUUUCUAAGUCUCCUGAGUUCUGUCAUUUGGAUUGAGGUAUGGAAGGUAUUGAGGUAUAAACAUACCCAUGAACCAAUCUGACUGUCCUCAUCUCUCUCUCCAGGUGGACAUGUUCUCUGGGGCUGUGUUCAUACAACAGGCUCUAGGCUGGAACAUCUAUGUGGCUGUGAUAGCUCUCCUCUCCAUCACAGCUCUGUACACAGUCACAGGUAACAUCUGUUUGAUCAAAUUAUACACAAAAUGCUUUCAUUACUUGUUGUAGAAAAGGCUGUCCACGAUUAAAGAGAGGUCAUGUUUGGAAAAGAUGACCCAUAGGAAAAAACAGGGCCUUGAGCAUUUUGUCUGUUACCCACGACCCAAAUGUAGGGUGUAGGAUCAUCUAGAGGUGAAUAUAGACUCAUUCUAUUUUGUGUGUGUAUCCUCCAGUACCCCCAACAGUCAGUACAUAUUGUUGUGGCCCUGGACAAGCACAGCUGAUUCUACUUGUCAACUUAUCAUCAAACCCUUGACAAGUGGAAUCAGGUGUUUUUGUCCAGGGCUACAACACAAAUGUGUGCUGUUGGGGGUACUGGAGUUGGGAAACACUGUCCUAGAUCAGGGUUUCCCAAACUCGGUCCUGGGGCCCCCCCUGGGUGCACCUUUUGUUUUUUGUCCCAGCACUACACAGCUGUUUCAAAUAACCAACUUAUCAUCAAGCUUUGAUUAUUUGAAUCAGCUGUGUAGUGCUAGGACAAAAACCAAAACGUGCACACAGGGGGGCCCCAGGAUCGAGUUUGGGAAACCCUGUACUAUAUGACCUCAGUAGUUUGUUCAUCAACUGGGUUAUUGUUGCCUAGUCACCUUACCCCUAUACAUAUCUACCUCCAUCACUCCAGUAUCCCUGCACAUGUAAAUAUCGUAUUGGAACUGACUUUUUAAAAUAUUUCCUGUAUAUAGUAUGCUUACUUACUUUAUUGUGUAUUUUAUAUUUCUUAUUUCUAGUGUGCUUUUUUCUAGUAAUAUAUUGUUAUUGAUUAUUGCAUUGUUGGGUUUUGAGUUUGCAAGAAAGGCGUUUCAAUGUACUUGUGCAUGUGACAUUGAAACUUGAAACGUAUUAAUCUGUAAUGAUCUGUUUUGCUCACUAGGGGGCCUAGCUGCUCUGAUGUACACGGACACCGUCCAGACAUUCGUCAUCAUCGCUGGCGCCUUCAGCCUCACAGGUUUCGGUAAAUUCAGAGUCCUGUGUCCAGAGUGCCACACAUUCCACCUUGUUGACUCCACUUGUUACUCAACGCAUGACGGAGUAACAAUAAAUGGAGACGUUUCUUUAUCAGUGCUUAAAUGUCGUUUUAUGUUUUUUUAUUUAUUAUUUUACCUUUAUUUAACUAGGCAAGUCAGUUAAGAACAAAUUCUUAUUUACAAUGACGGCCUACCGCGGCCAAACCCGGACGACGCUGGGCCAAUUGUGCGCUGCCCUAUGGGACGCCCAUUCACAGCCGGUUGUGAUACAGCCUGGAAUCAAACCAGGGGGUCAGUAGUGACGCCUCAAGCACUGAGAUACAGUGCCUUGGACCGCUGCGCCACUCGGGAGCCCCCAAGACCACUGUACUUUUUGUUUAUGCACACGUGUAUAUAUGACGUAAUGUAUAAUAACUGAUACCAAUGCUGUAUAGAUUGUCAUGUAUUAAAGAUAGUGUACCUCCAAAUGAAAUACUGUACGAUGUUUUGACUGACUGCAUUUAGUGUCUCAAAACUCUAUUUGAGUGGUCCACAAUGUGACUUUUAAAAUGUGUAUUUUGUAUUGUAAACUAUUCUAUCAUUGUGGAGUGACACUUUAAUAAAUAUUUCUAACUCAUGACUCAACUGGUCAUGAUGAAUUAGCUGCUGUGUCCAGUGGAUGUGUUAGUGCAGCCCUUCCUCACUCACUCACUCCCUUCAUCCAACCUCCCUCCCUCCUCUCAUCUACCACUUCCUUGAUCCAGCUUCACUGUAGACCCACUAUAGAUCCCCCAGUCCACUCCUCCUGACCUCUGCUCCCUAUGUGACAUUGUGCGUGUGUCCCUCCUCCUUUCUCUUCCUGUCCUCAGCCUUCUUUGAGGUGGGGGGCUACAAUGCUCUGCUGGAGAAGUACAGGUUAGCACUGCCCUCCAAGAAUCAGUCCCUGGAGCCCCAGCGCUACAACAUCACCCCCCAGUGCUUCACCCCCCGAGACGACGCCUUUCAGCUGCUCAGGGACCCUGUGACCGGGGACCUGCCCUGGCCGGGGGUCAUCUUUGGCAUCGCCAUCGUGGGCGGCUGGUAUUGGUGCACCGACCAGGUAAAUAAGCUCAUAGGAACACAGUGGAUGGAAUUCAUAUGUGCGUUUAUUUUAUAGUGCAUUUACUGUAGAUGACCCAUUCAAAACGGUGAUUAGAUUUAAGUUGGCACAUUGCUGACUCAAUCUAAUUUGAAUGGGUUACAUAAUGUUGAUGUCUGGUCUGCUCAUUCUGUUGCUAUGGUGUGUGAUACUUAAAUUCGCUGGAUGUGAAACAACAUGGAUCAGAUUGGAAGAUUGAAUCGUUGGUUGAGUUGAUCUGGAAUCUUCCCCCAUGUCUGUGUGUAUAGGUGAUCGUGCAGCGCUGCCUGGCGGCCCGCAGUCUGACCCAUGUGAAGGCGGGUUGCAUCAUGUGUGGAUACCUGAAACUGCUCCCCAUGUUCCUUAUGGUGUUCCCCGGAAUGAUCAGCCGCGUGCUCUUCCCAGGUGAGUUCCCAAAAUAAGCCAUCAUAGGAUUGACAAAGAGUUGAAUGGAGAGUUUGAUCUUUUAGGUUCAUCAACAGGGAAACAAGCACAGAGCAAAAAACUAAAUAAAAGACAGCUUGUUACACUUUUGAUGCCUCUCUCUUUUACCCUGAAGAUGUAUGAGAGUGUGUGUGUGUGGUGUUCCCUCUCUAUUCCUCCUGUCAUUAUGGUUACAGAGCCUGUCUUCUCUCUGAUAGAUGAGGUGGGUUGUGUGGUGCCAGAAGUGUGUAAGCAGGUGUGUGGGACGGAGGUGGGCUGCUCCAACAUCGCCUACCCCAAACUGGUGGUCUCUGUGAUGCCCGAUGGUGAGAAGUCUCUCUCCUCUGCUGAACUAGUUGCUCAGAUCUGAGUGGCACUUUUACUGUAUAUAUAUAUUUUUACACACAAUUUACUGCGUGCAGUUGUGUGUCGAUGGCUACCAUGGUUAUCUCUCCCAUCAUCUUACCUUAAUCUUCCUCCCCCCUCCCCCUCCAUCUCCUCUCUCCCAGGUCUGAGGGGCCUGAUGCUGGCGGUCAUGCUGGCGGCCCUGAUGAGCUCCCUGGCUUCCAUCUUCAACAGCAGCAGCACGCUGUUCACCAUGGACAUCUGGACCCGCUUCAGACCACAGGCCAGAGAGAGCGAGCUCAUGGUCGUUGGCAGGUCUGGGCCUUUUUUCCCUUGGUUUACAUAGGAAAAACUUGGUUUAGGUAGACAAGUUCAGCUGUCCCAGACCAUUUGCUGGAGUAGGUCAAUAUAAUGUAUGUUCCAAUAAAAUGGCUGCCUCACUUACUCUGUCUCUCCCUCUCAGAGUGUGGGUCCUCGUCAUCGUAGCCGUCAGUAUCUGUUGGAUCCCUGUGGUCCAGGCGGCCCAGAGCGGUCAGCUGUUUGACUACAUCCAAUCAGUGACCAGCUAUCUGGCCCCGCCCAUCGCCUCAGUCUUCUUCCUGGCUGUGUUUGUGAAGAGGGUCAAUGAGCAGGUGAGGUCAGAGGGUGUGUUGUGUUCUACAGUCGUGGUCAAAACGUUUUGAGAAUGACACAAGUAUUGGUCUUCACAAAGUUCGCUGCUUCAGUGUUAUGAGAUAUUUUUGUCAGAUGUUACUAUGGUAUACUGAAGUAUAAUUACAAGCAUUCCAUAAGUGUCAAAGGCUUUUAUUGACAAUUACAUUAAGUUUAUGCAAAGAGUCAAUAUUUGCAGUGUUGACCCUUCUUUUCUCAAGACCUCUGCAAUCCACCCUGGCAUGCUGUCAAUUAAAUUCUGGGCCACAUCCUGACUGAUGGCAGCACAUUCUUGCAUAAUCAAUGUUUGGAGUUUGUCAGAAUUUGUGGGUUUUUGUUUGUCCACCCGCCUCUUGAGGAUCGACCACAAGUUCUCAAUGGGAUUAAGGUCUGGGGAGUUUCCUGGCCAUGGACCCAAAAUGUCGAUGUUUUGUUCCCAGAGCCACUUAGUUAUCACUUUUGCCUUAUGGCAAGGUGCUCCAUCAUGCUGGAAAAGGCAUUGGUCGUCACCAAACUGUUCUUGGAUGGUUGGGAGAAGUUGCUCUCGGAGGAUGUGUUGGGACCAUUCUUUAUUCAUGGCUGAGUUCUUAGGCAAAAUUGUGAGUGAGCCCACUCCCUUGGCUGAGAAGCAGCCCCACACAUGAAUGGUCUCAGGAUGCUUUACUGUUGGCAUGGCACAGGACUGAUGGUAGCGCUCACCUUGUCACAAGUUGUUUUCCGGAUGCCCCAAACAAUCGGAAAGGGGAUUCAUCAGAGAAAAUGACUUUACCCCAGUCCUCAGCAGUCCAAUCCCUGUACCUUUUACAGAAUAUCAGUCUGUCCCUGAUGUUUUUCCUGGAGUGAAGUGGCUUCUUUGCUGCCCUUCUUGACACAAGGCCAUCCUCCAAAAGUCUUUGCCUCACUGUGCGUGCAGAUGCACUCACACCUGCCUGCUGCCAUUCCUGAGCAAGCUCUGCACUGGUGGUGCACCGAUCCCGCAGCUGAAUCAACUUUAGGAGACGGUCCUGGCGCUUGCUGGACUUUCUUGGGUGCCCUGACGCCUUCUUCACAACAAUUGAACCUCUCUCCUUGAAGUUCUUCAUGAUCCGAUAAAUGGUUGAUUUAGGUGCAAUCUUACUAGCAGCAAUAUCCUUGCCUGUGAAGCCCUUUUUGUGCAAAGUAAUGAUGAUGGCACGUGUUUCCUUGCAGGUAACCAUGGUUAACAGAGUAAUAACAAUGAUUUCAAGCACCACCCUCCUUUUAAAUCGUCCAGUCUGUUAUUCUAACUCAAUCAGCAUGACAGAGUGAUCUCCAGCCUUGUCCUCGUCAACACUCUCACCUGUGUUAAUGAGAGAAUCACUGACAUGAUGGCAGCUGGUCCUUUUGUGGCAGGGCUGAAAUGCAGUGGAAAUGUUUUUUUGGGGGAUUAAGUUCAUUUUCAUGGCAAAGAGGGACUUUGCAAUUAAUUGCAAUUCAUCUGAUCACUCAUGACAUUCUGGAGUAUAUGCAAAUUGCCAUCAUCAAAACUGAUGCAGCAGACUUUGUGAAAAGUAGUAUUUGUGUCAUUCUCAAAACCUUUGACCACGACUGUAGUUACAGAGCAAAUUGUUGUGAGAGGGCAUAGUUGAGAGAGAGGACAUAUGGAAAGCAUUGGCGAUGCAGCCUAUGAAUGUGAGAGAGACAUCUGGGCCCGUAUUCACAAGGCAGGACUGCCGAUCUCGAAUCAGCCCCCCCCCCCCCCCCGUUCAUAUAACCUUAUUCAAUAUGAUCUAAAAUGCAAAACUGAUUCUAGAUCAGCACUCCUACUCUGAGACUCUUUAUGAAUACAGGCCCAGAACAACUUUUCCUUCUUUGAUUACUUUGGUACUAAAUUGACAUUUCUUUCUUUCAGGGGGCGUUUUGGGGCCUGAUGGGGGGCCUAGCUAUGGGGCUGUGCCGUAUGGGGCCAGAGUUUUGGUUUGGCUCAGGCAGCUGCCUGUUCCCCUCAGACUGCCCCACUCUGGUGUGUGGGGUUCAUUACCUCUACUUCGCUGUGCUCCUCUUCUUCUGCACCUCCAUCCUGGUGCUGCUUGUCAGCUACUGUACACCGGCCAUAGACGACAAACAUGUGAGUGCUUGCCUCAACAUAGUCUGUUUUAUCAAAUGCCUGCAUCCAUAUCCAUUAGAUAUCAUUAAUGCAGGGGAAUCUUACCCACUAUAAUGAGAACUUACUAUAAACUCAGAUGAAUAAACCUAUGGUGGUAUGCAUCUCCCCAUCUAAUGCUCUGUGAGUGACGUCUGAUAGAACUGAACUUCUCUUCUCCUAGCUCCACCGUCUCGUGUUCAGCCUCCGCCACUCCAAGGAAGAGAGGGAUGACCUUGACUGGAAGCAGGAAGUGAAGGGGAGGAUCGCACGCAGGGAGGCAGAGGAGAAAAGCAGACACAAGUCUGAGGACAGCCCAGGUAUGACAGAAACGUACUCCCCCCACCACUACACACACGGCGCAGUCGAGCGGAUCAAAUCCAUGAUGCAUUGUGGGUAAAGUGACUGACUGAUUAGUUAUUUAUUAUGCAAGGUGUUUUGUAGAUCAGUCAGUCUUGACUCACCUGCAAAGUCAGCUGCAAUGUCUAACAAGCCCAUAAUAUUGUUUUUGAUUUCUUUCCUUUGUUAGUGGAUGCUGAAGAACCCAAAUCUGGUAUCUGUCGUAUCAUUGGCUGGUUCUGUGGCGUCAGCGCCACUCAAGCCCCAGAGCUCACAGAGGAGGAGGUUACUGAGGCGUCCAAAGAGCUGCCCGACAUCAGUGAGGAGCCCUUCUGGAAGCAUGUUGUUGAUGCUAAUGCCCUGGUUAUGA